AUAAAUAGUGAGCAGUAUGAGAUUCAGUAAAGAAGAUCUGAGAUCACGGGGCGUCAAGGCGCGUCGGUGCGUUAGUUAAAGAGAGAGAGAGUGAGUGAGAUAGAGAGAGAGAGAGGUGUGGUGGAGGAUCAGACCCUCAUUCGCAUCUGACAUUAUAGUGAAUUAUUAUGGGAAUUUGUUAAGGCUCGUUGCCGAUCCACGUGCGCACUUUUUAAAUAACAUUCGUGAUCCGGUUUCAUCGGCUGGCAAUAAACUUUCACUUGUCGGUUUUUUUAUUUAUCAGCGUUUAUUCAUAAGGACAGAACAGAUCUGGUGGAUCACAGGUUUGAGUGGCAGAAAUGAGGGAGAGGUUCGCGCUUCAUCUUCUCAUCUUCGUGUUGACGCUGUUUUGGCACACCAGGUCAGUGUCUGCAGAUGCCACAACAGAUGCCUUCAAAAACAACAUCACACUCUUCACACGCAUCCUGGACCGCCUGCUGGACGGCUACGACAACCGUCUGAGACCCGGGCUCGGAGAUCGAGUCACCACAGUGAAGACCGACAUCUACGUCACCAGUUUUGGCCCUGUUUCAGACACCGAUAUGGAGUACACCAUCGACGUGUUCUUCAGGCAGAGCUGGAAGGAUGAACGACUGAAGUUCGAGGGACCGAUGAACAUCCUGCGUUUGAACAACCUGAUGGCCAGUAAGAUCUGGACUCCAGACACAUUCUUUCACAACGGGAAGAAAUCUGUGGCACACAACAUGACCAUGCCCAACAAACUGCUGCGUAUCCAAGAUGACGGCACCCUGCUGUACACCAUGAGGUUGACGGUGCAUGCCGAGUGUCCGAUGCAUCUUGAAGAUUUCCCCAUGGACUUCCACUCCUGUCCGCUUAAAUUCGGCAGCUAUGCUUACACGACGACAGAGGUGACGUACACUUGGACGAAGAACGCAUCCAACUCUGUGGUGGUGGAAGAGGAGAGCUCUAGACUGAACCAGUAUGACCUACUGGGACAAACUGUGGGAAACGAAACCAUCAGAUCCAGCACUGGUGAAUACACUGUGAUGACGGCCCACUUCCACCUGAAGAGGAAGAUCGGUUAUUUUGUGAUUCAGACGUACCUGCCGUGCAUCAUGACCGUCAUCCUAUCCCAGGUGUCCUUCUGGCUCAACCGAGAGUCUGUUCCGGCCCGAACUGUAUUUGGUGUGACCACUGUACUGACUAUGACCACUUUGAGUAUCAGCGCUCGUAACUCGCUGCCGAAAGUCGCCUACGCCACAGCCAUGGAUUGGUUCAUCGCAGUGUGUUACGCCUUUGUCUUCUCCGCCCUGAUUGAGUUUGCUACCGUCAACUACUUCACCAAGCGCGGCUGGGCUUGGGAUGGCAAGAGCGUGGUCAAUGACAAGAAAAAGGAGAAGGCUUCAGUCAUCAAGAAGAACAACGCCUACGCCGUCGCUGUGGCAAACUACGCCCCCAACAUCACCAAGGACACGGUCCUCCCCACCAUCGCCAAGGGGAACGUAGCCGAACCGGGAAAGACCAAAGCCGACGGAAAACCGGCCGAGGCGAAGAAAACCUUCAACAGCGUGAGUAAAAUCGACCGCAUAUCCCGUAUCAUGUUCCCGGUUCUCUUCGGGACAUUCAACCUGGUUUAUUGGGCGACGUAUUUGAACAGAGAACCCGUGAUCAAAGACAUGGUGCCCUCUUAUUAGACGGCGUCCACUGAGCAGGACUAAAGACUAGGCCAAAACCACCCAGGGACUCUGAAUAUAA